AAUAAGAUUCUUAAAACGGUUCAAGCUAGACGAGCGGAAAUUGAAGCAACACCUGAAGAUCAACAACUUACUCCUGAUAUAUUAACCAUGUUCUUAACGGUUAACACUCCACGUGAUAUUACAGAAAGAAUUGCUAAUGAUCAAAAUGAUAAACCGAUGACCGAUGAAGAAGUUGUCGGGAAUUAUUUUGAAGUUCUGUCAGGCGGAAUUGAUACUGGAUCGAACUCUAUCUGUUUUUUGGUUUAUUACCUAUCGCAUUAUCCAAAUGCUAAAAAAAAGUUACUGAAAGAAUUUGAAACGGUCGUCGGAAGAAAUCUCAACACUAAGAUUACCCUCGAUAUUCUUAACAAGCUUGAGUAUACCGAAGCUUUUAUUAAAGAAGUUAGCAGAUUUACCCCUGUUGUCACCCUUAUUAAAAAACAAAAUAGAGAACCCGUUGAAAUUGGUGGCAUCAAGUUCCCGGCUAAAACAAUAUUUUAUUCAAGCAACAUCCUUCUUCACAAGCAUAAAUCCCAAUGGUCUAAUCCAGAAGAAUUUAAUCCAGAUCGAUUUUUAAAGCCAAGUCCAGAGAGCCCCGGAAGAAAUCUAGCAAUGAUAGAACUCAAGAUUACAUUACUCUUGCUGUAUACAAAAUAUGACGUAGAGCUCGUGGAUAUGAAUGCACCGGUAAAGUAUCACGACACUGUUGUGAGGACUUGUACUGAGUUAAAAGUAAGAAUUAAAAAGCGACGAGAUUUAGACUAA